AUGGCGACUAAGCGCAAAGCCUCGGCAAUGGGCAUGGGGAUGGAUGAUGAACCGGCUGAUCCAUCGGAUGAGCUGGCAUUCUAUUGCCUAGGUGGAGGAAACGAGGUCGGCCGAUCAUGUCAUAUUAUUCAGUACAAGGGCAAGACAGUCAUGCUUGAUGCUGGUAUGCACCCCGCCAAAGAAGGCUUCUCUGCCCUUCCGUUCUUUGAUGAGUUCGAUUUGAGCACGGUCGAUAUCCUCUUGAUCAGCCAUUUCCAUGUCGACCAUUCCUCUGCUCUCCCAUAUGUCCUCAGCAAGACAAACUUCAAGGGUCGUGUUUUCAUGACCCACGCGACCAAGGCCAUCUACAAAUGGCUGAUCCAAGAUAACGUUCGAGUCAGCAAUACGUCUUCCUCCUCAGACCAGCGCACUACACUUUAUACUGAGCGUGAUCACCUUUCAACUCUUCCCCUCAUCGAAACAAUCGAUUUUAACACUACACAUACAAUCAAUAGUAUCAGGAUCACACCAUUCCCGGCAGGCCAUGUUCUGGGUGCCGCUAUGUUCUUGGUAUCUAUCGCUGGGUUGAACAUUCUUUUCACCGGUGACUACUCUCGUGAAGAAGACCGGCAUUUGAUUCCUGCGGGGGUCCCCAGGGGUAUCAAGAUCGAUGUCCUGAUCACCGAAUCCACAUUCGGCAUAUCGUCCAACCCACCACGGCUGGAACGUGAGGCAGCGCUUAUGAAGUCCAUCACAAGUAUUUUGAACCGUGGAGGACGUGUUCUGAUGCCCGUGUUUGCUCUUGGCCGUGCGCAGGAGCUGCUUCUUAUCCUCGAGGAGUACUGGGAGCGGCACCCCGAGUUGCAAAAAGUUCCAAUCUAUUACAUCGGUAACAUGGCUAGACGAUGUAUGGUCGUUUACCAGACAUAUAUUGGUGCCAUGAAUGACAAUAUCAAACGGCUCUUCCGGCAACGCAUGGCCGAGGCUGAGGCGAGUGGAGAUAAGAGCGUGAGCGCAGGCCCAUGGGAUUUCCGCUUCGUCCGAAGCUUGCGCAGCCUGGAGCGCUUUGAUGAUGUAGGGGGCUGUGUCAUGAUUGCCUCACCUGGUAUGCUCCAGACAGGGACAAGUCGUGAGCUUCUUGAGAGAUGGGCGCCAAGUGAGCGCAACGGUGUUGUCAUGACAGGCUACAGCGUGGAAGGUACUAUGGCCAAGCAGCUGCUUAACGAACCUGACCAGAUUCCUGCCGUUAUGUCGAAAGUAUCAACUGUCCAAGGCCGUGGUCGUGUACCGGGGGGCAACGACGAAGACCAAAAAGUCAUGAUCCCACGUCGGUGCACUAUUGAUGAGAUUAGUUUUGCUGCACACGUCGAUGGGGUAGAGAACCGUAACUUCAUCGAAGAGGUGGCUGCUCCGGUAGUGAUUCUCGUGCACGGUGAGAAACACCAGAUGAUGCGACUGAAGUCUAAGCUGCUUUCUCUCAACGCCCAGAAAGCGAUUGCGACCAAGGUCUUCACCCCAGCCAACUGCUCUGAGCUCCGUAUACCCUUUAAGAAAGACAAGUUUGCCAAGGUUGUUGGCAAGCUUGCAGAGAUCGCACCCCCUUCUGAGCAAGACGACGGGCAACUAAUGGCCGGCGUCCUGGUUCAGAAUGGUUUCGAUUUGUCCCUCAUGGCUCCAGAUGAUCUUCGUGAAUAUGCUGGGUUGACCACAACUACUAUCACUUGCAAGCAGCAUCUCACUCUCAGCUCUGCAAGCAUGGACCUCAUCCGAUGGGCCCUUGAAGGUACUUUCGGGGCUAUCGAGGAGGUUGGCUCGAAGACAGAGACAAAAAUCAAGAAGGAGACAAAUGGCGCUACGAUUGAUUCCAGCACCGAGGAGGCUGCGGACGAGGAGAUACCCAUGGAGGAAACCCAAACAUUCCUGGUCAUGGGCUGCGUUACUCUACGUUACCACCCGCGAACUCGUGAGAUUGAACUCGAGUGGGAAGGGAAUAUGAUGAACGAUGGUGUUGCUGAUGCUGUCAUGGCCGUGCUACUCACGGUUGAGAGCAGUCCAGCCUCUGUGAAGCAAUCUGCCAAAAAUAAGCACCACCACCAUCAUCACGGCGAUGAUCACAUUGACACCUUCCGUAACCCUCAUGCUCACCGUGGACCCGAAGACCGGCUAGCCCGCCUCCUCAUGAUGCUGGAAGCGCAAUUCGGCUCGGAAAUCGCGCCCAUCGAACGCCCUCGUGUCCCAGCUGAUCUUGUCAACGGUACUACGGAAGCUGCAGAGGAUAUCAAGGAAGAACGCCUCGCGGAUAUUGAAUCCGCGGAACUCGACCGCCUCCACGCCCUCGGAAUCCCUGUUCCCGGCCUUGAAAUCAAGGUGGACAAGCAUGUUGCUCGCGUGUGGCUUGAGAAUCUGGAGGUUGAGUGCGCCAAUGCCGUGUUGCGCGAUCGCGUGCGCGUGGUCGUUGAAAGGGCAAUCGAGACUGUCGCUGGUCUCUGGGCGCCUACCUCUAUGCCCAAGGAGGUUGUGGUCUCCAAUGGCUCUGCGAAAGCGCAGAUGGAGGUUGAUGCUGCCGCAAAGAAGGCGGCUGCCAUUGAGACUCAGGUUUGA